AUGAAGUAAAAAUAUGGCGGCGUAGAGACUAAAGUGGGGUUGGUGUAGAGCAAAAUAACGUUAAUUUUUCCAUUUGUACGACUAAAAUAAUGAUGAAUUAACUUACAUUCGGCAGUUUGUUGUUGAGUGAAGUGAAGUGCAAUAAUAUUAUGUAGUGUGUGAGUGUGGUUCGCGAAAUCCACCCUUUCUGGUGUGGUGUAGUGCACGACAAAACGAAUUGAAUGACAAUCUGGAAUCACAAGGGUAUGAUUGCAAGCCAUGGGUGCUCAGAAUACUAAGGAAAGGACUGUAUCAGCUGCGACACACUCGAUAAGAACAACGAGAACCAGAUCAAGGCCUGCAAAAGAUGGACGGCAGCCUAUCUCCAAUAUUUUUACAGAGCACAGUGAAUUCAAAGUGCAAAUCCGAUCAGAACUCAAAAGAAAUGAAGCAUUGCUUCAGAGCAGGCCCCUUCCCCACAUACCCAAUCUGCCCGAUUCCGAAGCCCCUGGAGCGAUUAACACGAACACGCUUGGUUCCGGAGGAACCCUGGGCACCCUUUCCAGCUCGUCUACCUCUGGCGCGCCCUCUACACCCAUGUCUCUCGAGACUGCCAAUCGAUGGACGUCCAAGGAAAAUCUCUUAGCACAGGAGGAGGACGACCCCCAAUUAUUCGUAGCACUUUAUGACUUCCAAGCAGGUGGCGAGAACCAACUUAGUCUGAAAAAAGGUGAACAAGUUAGGAUAUUAAGUUACAAUAAAAGCGGGGAAUGGUGCGAGGCACACUCCUCGUCGAACCAAGUAGGAUGGGUGCCAUCGAAUUACGUUACCCCAGUGAAUUCGCUAGAAAAACAUUCCUGGUACCAUGGACCAAUAUCUAGAAACGCGGCAGAAUAUUUACUUAGCUCAGGAAUCAACGGAAGUUUCUUAGUGAGAGAAUCGGAGAGCAGCCCGGGUCAACGGAGCAUCUCUCUAAGAUACGAAGGGCGGGUCUACCAUUACAGAAUCAACGAAGACACCGAGGGCAAGGUGUACGUAACUGCCGAGAGUAAGUUCAACACUCUCGCCGAAUUGGUUCACCAUCAUUCGAUGUUGUCAGAUGGGUUGAUAACACAGUUAUUGUACCCUGCGCCGAAACAUAACAAACCGACCGUGUUCCCUCUUAGCCCCGAGCCUGACGAAUGGGAGAUUAACAGGACUGAUAUCGUCAUGAAACAUAAGUUAGGCGGAGGACAGUACGGAGAUGUGUACGAGGCGAUUUGGAUAAGGUACAACAAGACGGUGGCUGUAAAAACACUGAAAGAGGACACCAUGGCUUUAAAAGACUUCCUCGAGGAGGCGGCCAUCAUGAAAGAAAUGAAACACCCGAACUUGGUACAGUUAAUGGGCGUUUGCACCAGGGAACCGCCAUUUUACAUUAUAACGGAGUUCAUGAGCAAAGGCAACCUACUGGACUACCUACGCAACGGAAACAAGGAACAAAUUAACGCCGUCGUACUUAUGUAUAUCGCAACGCAGAUAGCCAGCGGAAUGAGCUAUCUGGAAAGCAGGUGUUUCAUUCACAGGGAUUUGGCGGCGCGGAACUGCCUGGUGGGCGAAAACCACUUGGUCAAAGUGGCCGAUUUCGGAUUGGCUAGGUUAAUGAGGGACGACACGUACACUGCUCACGCGGGCGCCAAAUUCCCGAUUAAAUGGACCGCCCCCGAGGGUUUAGCUUACAAUAAGUUUUCUACAAAGUCGGACGUGUGGGCUUUCGGUAUUUUGCUGUGGGAGAUCGCGACUUACGGCAUGUCCCCGUACCCCGGCGUGGACCUGACGGAUGUGUAUCACAUGUUGGAGAAGGGAUAUAGGAUGGAGUGUCCGCCUGGGUGUCCUCCGAAGAUCUACGAGUUGAUGAGGCAGUGCUGGCAGUGGAACGCCAACGACAGGCCCAUGUUUAAAGAGAUCCAUCAUGCCCUUGAGAAUAUGUUUCAGGAAUCUAGUAUCACCGAAGAAGUAGAAAAACAGUUGCAAGGGAAUGAGGCGCCACCGGUUCCGAUGGGAACUCCACAUAUGUCCUACAAGAAGUCCCACUCGGGGAGUACGGGGAACAUACAUGGAUUAGUCGGGGUUUCAGAACAGUCUUCUGCAGAUAAUAUUAAUGUGAGUUCUACCAAGCUAUCAACAUUCACAGGAGGUUGCAAAAAUAGCAUGGUGCAGAUGCGAAGAACGACGAACAAAAGAGGAAAAACUGCACCUGCUCCUCCAAAACGAACAAGCUUGCUGUCUUCUUGCAGCUCCUUUCGUGACAGUACGUGCGACGACCAGGGACAAGGCGACAACGUCUGCGAAGAGGGAACCGACUUAAACGGUAUUAAAAAAAGAUUUAAAGGUUUGACUAGAGAGCUUCAAAAUCUCACGGCGGGCACGAAGUGCGACAGCGAAAGUGACCUUCAAGAUCAGACACCCGACACGGACGAUUCGGGCGCCCACUCGUAUCCAGAGGUAUCCACCGUCAGUAAUCUUGGACCCGUGACGGGUUCCUUUAAGAGAGCGCCUAUCAUGGGUAACAGGGGGCUAGAGCAGAGAGGAAAAAAGACUAAAACUAAAGACUCGCCGAUGGUCCAAGUGGCCGCCCUAGAAGUGCAAAACGUUAGGAAGGCAAUCAGUAGAUACGGCACUCUCCCGAAAGGUGCGAGAAUAGGGGCCUACUUGGAAUCUCUACGACAGAGUGGUAUGUCUACCAACGAGGAAACGGCCCAAGCUGCGAACCCUACCAUAGAGCAGACGGAAACCACUCCCAGGUCUCUGUCUCCCAGAACGAAUAUUAGAACCCAACCGCAGAUGAUCCGGAGCAACUCUUCUAGCGGAGUGACUUCCUUUAACGCAGGACAUCCUCCCAGUUCUCCGACGUCUAAUAAACUCUCUAGAAAUAGGAAUAUCGCUAGGAAUAAUACCAGUGAUGUACGAAGUAGUUUAAGAACUUUCAAAGCAUCUCAAAACAGUAGUUUUCGGGGAGGUAGCCCUUCUAGAUCGAUCCAACCCACGCUGGCAGAUCUGGAGUUCCCUCCUCCGCCCACAGACCUACCUCCACCUCCGGAAGAAUACGACAUUCCGGGAGUUGACCAAGUCGACUGUAGCACCUCUAUAAUGACCUCCUCGCAGGAGCUUAAGAAAAAGAUGAUCCCCAUUUCCCCCUUAACGACUAAGAAAAUCUCGAAGGAACCGGAGAGCGCGGAGUGCGGCGAUAUCAGUACGCUCCAGCCGUCCGUCGAGGAAGCUAGUUCGAGAUUUGGAGUCAGUUUGAAGAAGAGGGAGCCUAGCACGGACAGUUCUAACAGUCUGAAGGAGGGUAAGGAAGAAGUUAAGGAGAAGAGCCCUCAACGGACGAGCCUUACUCUCACUAGUCCCAGUCAGGACGGUAAGAGUCCUAUGAGCGUUGAUUCCGAUGUUCCUAUGGUCGGUUCGCCGCUGGAGCCCCUUCCACCCCCACCUCCGAUGUUUCCCGAAACUAACGAAGACGAUGCGGAUCACUUCGACUCUCUAGACGACAAUAAAACCUCGAAAGUGUUCAAGAAUAAGCUGGUCAUGAAGGAAAUGGAACUCAAACUGGUUGCCGAGAUAAAAGAGAGAGCCGAUCAGAAAAGUAAAAAUAUUAAAGAAUCUCCACUAGAACCCUUAUUGGCUGUGAGUGGCAUAAGCCAUGACCCCGUAGCUCAGUUAGUGACGGAGCUGUCGCAAUCCCUAAACAUAGAAAAAGACGUAGCGAAGAACGUGAUCCGAAAAAAUUCUCAAGGGAACAUUUCAACGACAACGAAGCCAGUAGAUAGCAAUGGCGUAACGCUAAUAACACAGCUCAAAAAAAUCGACACGAAGAAGCCCGUUAGCAAAGAGAAGGCCGAGAAUGAUUCUUCUAUGAUUAUCGACUUUAAGUCGAGACUGCGAAAAGUGGAAAGCGAAAAGAAAUCCGAGGAUGGCUUGAUCAGAAAUGAAGACAACGAAACCGAGGCCAAUAAACGGGAGAGCACCGCUAGCUCGGACAGCGGGAAUUUGAAAAUCGACGAAGGCGACGAUAAAAGGAAAUCGACUGGUAGCAUAAGUAGUUUGAAAAAAUUGUGGGAAGCCAAAGACACUGCUGACAAUUACGGAAAUAUCCAGCUGAGCCCCAAAUUAACAAUAAAAAACAGUAAAAAUGAAGAGGCGAGCGAAGUGUCUCCAGGGGAAAACACCGAUGAUUCCGCGAAAAUGGAAAAAAUUAGCAAAAACGAUAAGAAACCCUGGCCCCCUAGUAACGAGGAUAAACCCGUUAUUCCUACAAAACCGCCAGUAAAGGCUGUCAAACCUAUAAUAAAUCGCCCGACUGGAUCAGCGAUAUACGCGACUCCCAAUUCUAAUAAUUCUAAGCCUCCUAUAAUGGCAAAACCGACCAAUAUAGAGACUAAAGCUGCAGAGGACGAGGCGAAGUUGUCCUCAAGCGACAAAAGCGGAAAAGAAAAUAUUCUAGAAAUUUCCCAGGCCUUGGAAUCGACUCUGAAUAGUAUCAAAACGAAUUCCACGGUAUCCUCAGCGACUUGGUUACAGAUCUCGGAUAAAAUCGGACUGCUGCACGGCUCUUGCAUGGAUUACGCCGACAAUGUUGUCCCCGCCCACACCAAAUUUCAGUUUCGGGAGCUGCUGACGCGACUGGAAAGUCAGGCCAGACAACUUAGAUCGGCCGGUUCGAGGAACACGACGGAUAAUACAAGAUGCAUCAAUGAAGUGAAUAAUACCAUUAAAGAUGUGGUGAAUGUGGUGUUUCGAUAAGAUGACCGUAUAUUUUUUUAAUUUAUCGUACGAUACAUAUGUAUUUGACUGUUAGGACCACUGUAUGUAAUAAUUUACUCUUAAGGUAAGUCGAGCAUUUAUCAAGUUUUAUGCGUACGUUGCGGUGGUAGUAUUUCCAAAAAUCUUUGUUGACUUUUGUUUUUUGUGAUGUCUCAAUUUUAAUAAAACGUAAUACGCCGAACUGAUUUAAAAGCGAUGAAUCGUAUCGAUAUAAUAAAAAAAAGGCGAAUAGUUUUAUCCCUCUCCGUUAUCCAAGUUCAAUAUUCAUUUUUUUUCACAUCCGACGUACGUUUUUUAAAUAUGUUCAUUGUCAAAUUGUGUUUUUAUGAGUAAUUGUUUCCAUUGCCUUUUAUGUUUCGGGUAUAGAGGAAAAAAAAAAAUUAAUCAUCGUUUAUGGCUUUUUCAAAAUAUUCUCCACGAAGAUCUUUUGCAUGCACCCGAACCAAUUUUCGAAGCACUUUUUCCAUUCCGAUUGAGAUACCUCCAAAACAUGCGUUUUGAACGCUUUAACCGCUUCUUCAUGCGUCGAAAAACAUUAUCCCUGUAAUUUAUUUUUGACGAGCGGGGAUAAAAAAAGUCAUUGGGUGCCAAAUCAGGGCUAUAUGGUGGAUAAUUCAUCAAUUAGACUUCUUCAGUUCUUAAAAAGUCUCUUGUUCGGCCGAUGUGUAAGUUCGCAUUGUUCUGAGGAAGAAUGAUGCGUCUUCGGCGGUUGGUUUCUAUUUUUCUGGCAAAUAAAUAGUUGUGUAUCAUUCAGAAUUGACCGUCCGACGUGGCACUAACAGUUACCACAUGUCUGGCUUUUUCAAAAUAUUCUUCAUGACGAUCAAUACAAUUUUGCAUGUUCUUGAACCAAUUUUCAAAGCAUUUUUUCCAUUCCGAUUGAGGUACCUCCAAAACAUGCAUUUUGAACGCUUCAACUGCUUCUUCAGGCGUCGAAAAACAUUGACCUUGUAAUUUAUUUUUGAGGUGCGGGGAUAAAAAAAGUCAUUGGGUGCCAAAUUAGGGCUGUACGGCGGAUAACUCAUCAAAUAGACUUUUUCCAGUUCUUAAAAAGUCUCUUGUUUGGCCGAUGUGUAAGUUUGCAUUGUCCUGGGGAAGAAUGAUGCAUUUUCGGCGGUUGGUUUCUUUUAUUUUUCUGAUAAACAAAUGGUUGUGUGCCUUACCACGUUUGGUUUUUUCAAGAAACAGGCAACUAUUUGCUUAGAAGUGCUGGUCUCACUAAUGCCCAAGGAUGCCUCAAUCUCACGAUAUAUUACAUGACGAAUACAAUAUUCAGUUCACUCACAUUAUCAAUGUUUUCUGGAACAAAAACCGAUUUUGGACGAUCUUCAUGAAAUUUGUCAGUGAGCGAACUACGGCCACGAUUGAAUUCCAUAUACCACCGAUAUACAGUGGUUUUUGAUGGUGCUUCAUUGCCAAAAGUUGAACUAAAUUAAUCGAUGCACUGUUGUUGAGAUAAUCCGCGUUGAAAGUUGUAAAAAAUAAUCGCACAGAUAUGUUCGGGACUUAAUUGUUUUUUUCUGGCCGAGACGAAUUUUUCAAGUCACCGCAAACAACACAAAUGGUGCCUGUACGUCAAAUCGUUCUGAGUAAGUGUACCGACAAAAGUCAAACUUUACAUUUAGGGACGUUGGUUGUCAGAUGGCAGCACCAGGAUCUUCCAUUCCAGAAAUAUAAAAGGCACCCUCGUAUGUAGUUUAAAAAAAAAAAACGAGAAUUUUAUGUUGCUGAUGGCAGAUUCUAGAAAGGAAAAAAUGUAUCUUUCAAACGUUUUUUUCUUGAUAACUUGCAAAAUUCCUAUCAAAUUUGAAUACAACAUUAAGAAUCGAUUAAACUAAUAAUUGAUUUAAUCAAUUAAAAUUGACAUAUCACAAUUGAAUGCCCUUAUAUUAUUUUCACUGAACUGUGAUACCAUGUUUAGAUUAUGUUUAGCAUUAUAUGCUCAAUGAUAAUUUAUUACUUUUAUCCUAUGAAUUUAAUGUUUUUUAUAUGUAAAAUUUGAAUAAGCAGUUUUUAUUAUUUUUAUUGCUUUCAUACCAGUUUUGUGUAAAAAAAUAUGAAAAAAUACCGACUCUCUCACCAUUUCUCUCGAUAUUAAAAGUAAAAUAGGAUCUUAAGGAAUUUGGAGAAAUAAAACGAUACACAAAAGUGGCAUUGAAAAUUACGAUAAAGAAUAUGCUAGUCUUUUUGUAAUAUAUUAUUUUGUAUGUGUGAAUAUUAAAUAAUUAGUUAAGCUGAAAUAUUGAUAUAGAAUUACUACCUAAAAUUGAAAAAUAUAAAUUUUGUACAAUCCAAAGAAAAACCUAAAUUAGUGUCUAAUCUUUGUUUUUAGAUUAUUUUCAUAUAAUUCAUUUUCUACUUUUAUGUACAUAUUCUAGCUAAUUUUGUAUUAAAAAAUUUAAAUUAUUUAUUUUAUUUAAUUAUAUGAAAGCAAUUUGACACAACAAUACUUUUAGAUAAUUUUGUUUAUAAUAAACAUGCUCAUUUUAUUCUAUAAGGAACAUAUUACGUAUGUUCGAAACAUGAAUUUAAAUAAAAUUAUUACUCAUAUACUUAAAUAUGUGCUUCACUAGUGUGUGUUUGAAAUAUUUUAUUACAACGAUAUACUCAAUAUUUGUGCAAAAAUAGUACCGUUUCGAAAAAUAGUCGCUAAUAAGUGUUACAUAUUUUACGUUAUUAAAUUAUAUUAGCAUUUGACCUUAUUAGACAAUUAUAUUUUAUUUAAAACGUGUACGCCUUUAUUUUUUCCAACGUACAUACAGGUAAAACAUAUUGCUCAAAUGAUAUCCGUUAAACAGUCCGUUUACGAAAUUGUAUUUAAUUUUUUACGCAAAAAAGGAAACUUAAUUUACCACAAAUACUUUUUAAACGCGUAAAUGGGGCCAUUAAGAUCCAAACAUUUUCUUAAAGAUGUAUGACGAAUAAGUUUUAUUUUAUACAGGAUGUUCAAAAAAUUUGGAACCCCCCCUGCUAUCAGAAAAUACUGCUCAAACAAAAAAAUGAUUGGGACAAACGUUGCAGUGUUUUGACUGAGCAAUCCAACGAGUCAUUUAGUAAAAAUUGACUUGACCGAACAUAAAAAUUUCCUUUUUUUCCAUAUUCGAGGUCAAAAAUAUGGUUCCAUUUAAAAUUUUUAACUUGACCUCUAAAUGACCUUCAAGCUCAUGGUCAAAGUCACAUUCGAAUGUAAAAUGGUCCGCUCUUACCAUUUCCAGGAUCAAAAAUAUACAGUUUAAAAUUUUCAAGUUGACCUCUAAAAUCAUAUUUAAAAAAUGCAUUCGAAUCAUAUAAAAAAAAAAUUAAUUUCUGGUUCUUAAUUGGCCACUUUGUACUUGAAAUAGGGAUGUAUUUCAGUCUCAUUCUCAUUUGUAAAUGCCAUUUGAAUCGACUACUGAUGAUAAAACAGAAAUUUUUUUAAAGCUUUUACUGCGGUGCUGGCACCACAUUUGUGCUUGCUUUUAAACAAUAGAACUUAGGGUUUACAUGAUGACGUUUGAUUUACGUAAAGAAGCAUUGAUGUCUCAAUGUUGUUAAAGUGCAUUUUUAAAUCCAUUAUUCGAGUAGUAUGUCUUAGAAAAACAACAACAAAAAGAUAGAAUCACUCUCGUCAGCCUCGGACAUAGCUCAAACCAUUCCUAGAGUGAGGUGUUUUACCUUCCUAACCUUCCCCUCCCAAUUUCUAUUUUCAAGCACCAUUUUUUAUGAGUUUUGUGGCUACACCUUGUGUAUUUUUUUAAAUUGAAGAAUACGAAAUCUUAUUUUCUUUUUAAGACCACCCGUUGCUCAGAUCUCGUAUCCCUCAAAUUAACAAAAUUGUGCCAUGUUUUUUUGAUUUAUUGCAAUAAGUAGAACCUUAUAUACUCACGUGAAAUUCUAAAGUACUUUCCAUUAGCGGUAUCUAGUUUGUUUUAUAAAUUUUGUGAUUGGAGUGUGUUAAAAGCGCGAGUCACACUGUCAGUAGUGUAGAAUUUUUUGUAUACAGUAAUCGUCUAGCAGUUUUGAUAUUUUUUUGUAUGUAUAUAUAUGUAUGUAUAUCUAUGCUGAGUUUUGUACAGGCUUUCUAGAUAGGUGAUAACAGACUGUAACUAUUUAAAAAUAAAUUUGC